UGAUAUCCCAAAAGUUCAUAGACAGCGGUGUUCACUUAUCAUCAGGUGAACCGUAUUUGUCCCGUUUAUAAUAAAAAUUGCCCAAAGUCCGAUAGCCGAUACCUUAAAGAUGGCUAAUAUUAUCGCGAGUGUAGUGACACAUGAUGUCAAUACUCAUUGAUGUUUGUGUAUUCGAACAGAACGGUCGUGUAAAGGAACAUACUGAUGAUUCAGUGAAAAUUGUGUUCAUUAGUGAGGAAAGUCAAGUUCAUUGAUGCACGUGUCGCUUAAUGGGACAUCAGUAGCUUAUUAUGUCAUACAAUAAUUCAUACGAAGGAAGAUAAGGAAACCGCAAAAAUGACGUCAGAAAGAAGCUCGUUGGUACCGACGACGAAAAGACAGAAAGUAAUCAAAUUAGUGCCACCAGAUGGAGGCUGGGGAUGGAUGGUUUUGAUAGGAACAGCUCUCUCUAAUAUUUUCAAUCAAUCAAUGCUGUCAUUGUUCAGUUUGCUCUAUGGAGAUGCAUUAGAAGCAAUGGGGCACAGCACACAGGGCGCCGCUAUAGUUUUGAGCACAAUGUUGUUUGUGACUAAUUUUGGAGGCCCCAUUGCCGGUGCGAUAGUCAAAUUGACAUCGACGAGAUUUGUAGCAGUAAUAGGAGCGUGUUCGUGUACCCUAGGAAUAUUCUUCAGCGGAUUCUCAACAAAUAUCAUGCACUUGGUAUUAACUUACGGAGUUUUAUUAGGUUUGGGUUUGGGUUUCAUUCAGAAUUCGUCAUUCGUGGCUAUAAAUAGUUAUUUUAAACUGAAGAAGAGCCGCGCGGUGGGUCUUGCUAACGUGGGCACAGGUGUGGGCCAGACAGUAAUGCCUCACUUAGUAAGAUAUCUCUUGGAAAAUUACGGUUUUCAAGGGGCAUGCUUGAUCCUGUCCUCUUUGAGCUUACAUGGAAUCUGUGGUACUAUGCUAAUCCAACCAGUUGAAUGGCAUUUGAAAAAAAUAGAAGAGGAAGUUGAAGUAGAUGAAAAAUUAUAUUUAUUACAAGAUAAGCACAAAGACAUUGUGAUCAGAAAGAAUUCUCAAAUACUGAGAGACGCUGGUUUGAAAGACAUCGGUCGUGCCACAGAACUCGAGUUAAAAGGGGAAGACAAAGCGAUUGAAUUGAAUGAAAAUGGAAAGAAAUCCCGAAGCGAAAAAGAAUUAGCAAAAAUGAUUGCAUCAAACUCUAACGGUUUGAAUGGUGCAGCUGACCACGGUGCUGCCCCAGUUCAAAAGAAGACUUUAUUGAAAAAGAUAUAUGACUUAUUCGAUAUUUCUUUGCUGACCAGUCCCAGGUUUUUGAAUAUUCUUCUUGGAACGGCACUUUCGGUUACUUCGAUCCAAAACUUCAGUAUGCUGUAUCCUUUCUUUCUACAGAAAGUAGCUGGGAUGGACAAAAAUCAAACUGCAUUGUGUAUGUCGGCCGUCGCUGCCGCUGACAUCGUCGGUCGUCUUAUUUUACCGAUAUUUCAAGACAAGUAUAAGAUAAAAGCCAGAUGGAUGCUAAUUAUGACUAGUGUUUGGCUGAUUGUGGUUAGACAAAUUCUUGCGUACCAGACAAAUUUGCAAACGCUGGUGGUGAUGUCAUGUCUUUAUGGAUUUGGUAGGAGUAUGAUAAUUGUCGCCAGAAACAUUGCUAUAUCUGACAACUGCAGAAUGGAUCAGGUACCAGCUGCAGUCGGUUUGGGAAUGUUGACCAUGGGCAUCAUUGUACCACCAGCUGGUUACUUCCUCGGAUGGAUCAGAGACUACACUGGCAGUUACGUUGUGUGUAUAACAGCACAAAAUGCCUUAUUGGUCAUACUGUUGGUCACGUGGAUACCAGACAUGCUUUACUUAUGGUUACAGGAGAAGAAACAGAAUAAAAAAGAUAUAAACAAAAACGAGAAAAUAUAGAUGAAUUAUAUCAUGCACAGGACUUAGCUGUGUUCGUGAUAAAUUAGGAAAAUAUUAAUGAUAAUUGUGGCUGUGUUUUACAAUAUUAGUGAAUACUUAAAGCUGUUAUAAUUGUGAUGAUACAUUGUAAAUAUCAUACUCAUGGUCGUCUUCAAUCUACUCGAGUACUUAUUGAAGAACCAUAUUUAGUAAUUGUUCAUUAUGUUAAGCUAUAGAAAAUAAUAGACUCGUGACAAUAUCUGCAGAUAUAUUUAUUUUUACAUGCAUUUUUAAUGUUUCUAGUCUAAUAAUAUAAAGACAUUUAAAACUUA